GACAGCAUGUCAAAUAUUGCCUUGAGAAAAACAUCUCCUGGAAAUGAUGUGAAGAGCACUCCUCUGGGGACUGCACUGAGGCAACAAGGUUUUCAUGAAGUGAACAAGCGGAGGACUUUCUUACAGGAUAGCAGCUGGAUAAAGAAACGCCCAGAAGAAGAAAAAGAUGAAAACUAUGGCAGAGUGGUUCUCAAUCGACAUGCUUCCCAUGAGGCCUUAGACAGGAGCAAAAAUGAAAGGGAUGAGCAGAAAGUGACAAUUACUCGGUACAGAUCUGAUGAUACUUUAGACAGGAUUUCAGACAGAAAUGAUGCUGCUAAAACUUAUAAGGCCAAUACCUUGGAUAACCGACUAACUAAUAGAGGCUUGUCCACAUUCAGAACAUCAGAAGCAACAAAGCCACUACCUGGAGUUUCUUUGAACACCAGCACCACCACAAGCACCACUGCUGCUGCUGCUCCAGUCACAACUCCUGUAAAGAAAAAGAGACAAUCCUGGUUUCCACCACCACCUCCGGGGUACAAUACCACCCAGAAUGUAGCAGGAAAUGGACGGGAACCAACUGCUCUGCCCCCAAUACUGCCAAGGCCUUAUUCUCCAGUUCCAUCACCCCCACAAGCACGACAGAAUAAUAGGCAGAUAUUUCCUCCUAAACCCUCUGUAUAUACAGAAGCAAACAGAGCUGCUGAGAAAAAAACAAGAAACCAAGAUCUGGAUGACAUCGUCAGAGUGGAUGUUGGUAAAAAUGACAAAGGUCAAGAUCUGGAUAAUCUCAUCAAAAUGAACAAAAACAUGAAUAGGAACCAAGGCUUGGACGGCAUUUUCAGAACAAAUCCUAAGGCAGAACAAACUGACAAAAAAAACCAGGAGCUUGAUAAUCUCAUUAAAGUGAACCCCACAACUGACAAAAAUGGCAAAGGAAAUGAAAAUCUUGACAAUAUGAUUAAAGUGAAGACCAGGAUUGAUGAAAAUGGCAAAGGAAACCAAAAUCUUGACAAACUCAUUAAUGUGACCCCCCAGAAGGACAAAGAUGACAAAGGAAACCAAGGACUUGACAACCUAAUUAAAGUGAAUCAUGCAGCAGAUAGAAGUGUCAAAAAAAACCAAGACUUUGACAGCAUCAUCAAAGUGAAUGCCAAGAUGGAUAAAAAUGGAAAAGGAGACCAAGCUCUGGAUAAUCUCAUCAAAGUGAAACCCAACCAGAAUGAAAAUAUCAUUGGAAAACAAGAUCUUGAAAGUAUCAUCAAAGUGAACACUGAAAGAAACAAACAUAUCGAGAGGAGUCAAGAGCUUGACAGUUACCUCAAAGAGAAUCCCUCAGCAAAGAGAAAUAUUCCAGGGGGCUCAAACCUGGACAAUCUAAUCAAAGUGAAUCCUGCAACACAAAGUAAUAACCAGGGGGCUCAAGGUCUUGAUAAUCUCAUCAAAGUAAACCCAAGGACAGGAAAAAUUGAUCAGGGAAACCAAGACUUGGAUAAUCUCAUCAAAGUGAACCAAACAGCAAACAAACCUACUCCAGGGGGAGAAGGUCUUGAUGAGUUCAUCAGUGUGAACCCCAAAGCUAUCAAAAUUACCACAGGAAGCAAAGAUCUUGACAAUUUCAUCAAGGUUAAUCCCGAAACCCUCAAAAACAAUCAGAGAAACCAAGAUGAUCUUGAUAAAUUCAUCAAAGUGACUCCUGAAGUUCUCAGAAAUAAUCAGAGGAGCCAAGACCUGGAUAGAUUCAUUAAAGUGAAUCCAACAACUUUCAGAAACAGCAAGAGAGACCAGGACCUUGACAAUUACAUUGAAGUAAAUUCUAAUGGAUAUCACAAGAAGAAUCAAGGAGACCCUGACAAUCUCAUAGAUGUAAACCCCAACACAUACAAUAAUGCAAAACGGCUAGAGGAACACACCGAUGCAUCUACCAAUGUCCAACACAACCAGUCCAGCAUAAACACAACUUAUUCUCAUGAAACCAGGACAUCUCCCAGGUACGCUAUCUAUAAUACUCGAACCAGGUACUCAAGUCCAAAGGACAGUGUUGUGUACACAAGGACAUAUGUGGAGAAUAGCAAAUACCCAAAGGAUGGCUAUGAAGAAAGUAUUUCUGGAAAAUACAUCCAAACAGUUUAUUCAACCUCUGAUAGGUCUGUCAUCGAAAAGGAUAUGUGUACCUAUUGCCGAAAGCCCCUGGGCUCAAACACUAAAAUGAUCUUGGAUGAGUUACAGAUUUGUUGUCAUUCAACCUGCUUCAAAUGUGAAAUUUGCAAAAAGCCUUUGGAAAACCUGGAAGCUGGUGAUAGUAUCUGGAUAUAUAAACAUACUGUACACUGUGAGCCUUGCUAUUCCAAGGUUGUAGCCAACUGGAUUCUGUGAUUCUGACACAUGGAAACCAAGAUGAAUGCCAUUUGUUGAGAACAUUUAGUUCUUGAAGGAAAGCUUUUUUGUUAACAUUAUUUUAUUUUAAGCUUUCUUACUGAAGAUUGAAAGAAUCUUAUAUAAUAUUGCUAAUUCUGCUAUGAAUCAAAUAGUUAAUACAUAUGGUAAUGUUAGUCAAAUGAAGGGAACUAUUCCAUUUAAAGCAGAUUUAGAGAUCAAAAAUUGAACUGGCAACAACCAUCUUCUCCAGCCGUGCCCAAAAUGACCAGUGCCAUAGCAAUGAUGCCUCUGAUGGCAAUGAGCAUUGACCGAGUUAAAGAGGGCACUUAAGUUUCAGGCUGUGAGUCAUAGUUUUUAUUUUAACUUUUUUGUGUGGGCCUAUUGCUCGGUUUUUUAUUUGCCCAUCUUUAUUUUCUCACCCCAUUCAAUGAAUAUAUCAUCCUUUUAAUGUUUAUCAUUGAUGUGAAUUAAAGAGCAUUUUAAUAAAUCUAUCAUGAAAUAGAGACAGAUCUGCCUAGCACAUGUCCAGGUGAUAUUUACAAAAAAAAAGAUCUUUGAUGGCUAAUUUCUGACAAUAACAUGGCAACAAGGUUUAAUAUAAAGGGCAAAUUUCUAUGAUUUUGUAUUUUUCAAAAGUCUAAAGCAACAUCAUCUUGGUAGCCUAUUAUAUCAAGGAUAUUAUUUUUAUAGACUUUUAAGAACCAAAGGGAAUAGAUUUGUGGGUGAAUGAUAAAUCAUAUUAAAUGUAUACUUUGUAGGUAGUACCUUUGUUGCAUUUUUUUUCUUUGCAUGCUUUUCAAAAUCUAGUUAAGCAGGCAUCCAAUAACAAUGGUUAUGGACUACAAAAACACUUUCUGUGGUAUACUACAUGUAUUCAUAUUGCAUAGCACUUUGUAUCUGCAAAUGGCUUAUAAAAAUAAAUUGAAC